AGUAAUUUGAGCGCAAGAGACAAUCGAGUUCUGAAAUUCAAUUUACAACGAAAUCAAAACAGUUUAUUAUUAUUAAUAUUGAUAUCGUAAUUUGAUUCGGUACACUUGCAAGCCACAAACCCUAUGAUGGGCUAUUUGUUGUGAUAUUUAAAGAAUUCUUUGCAAAAAGAAAUAUUUUGUGCGAGGAAAACAAACAAGUGAUCGAUAUUUACCAAGAGAUUUGACAGAAAGGGUUAUAUUAUUUGAAAAAGUAUGCCCAAUUGGAGCGUGACAAAUGCUUUUCGCGUGCUCACACGCCGUAAGCCGCUGGAGGAUUCAUCGGAAUCGAAGCUGGCCAAGGUGUUAUCCGCCUUUGAUCUGACAGCCCUGGGCAUUGGUAGCACCCUAGGUGUGGGUGUCUAUGUGCUUGCCGGUGAGGUGUCCAAGAGUCAUGCCGGUCCUGCUGUCGUCAUCAGUUUCCUAAUCGCCGCCGUUGCCUCGAUCUUUGCCGGACUUUGUUAUGCGGAAUUUGGCGCACGUGUUCCCAAGGCGGGAUCUGCCUACAUUUACAGCUAUGUGACCAUUGGAGAGUUCAUCGCGUUUCUCAUCGGCUGGAAUCUCAUAUUAGAAUACGCAAUCGGUUCCGCCAGUGUUGUCAAGGGGUUGAGCACGUAUCUGGACUCUCUGUGCGGAUAUGCCAUGCGUGAUUUCCUUGCAGAGCAUCUGCCCAUCAACGUGCACGGCUUGAGUGCGUAUCCGGAUUUGUUUGCCUUCAUUGUCACCAUACUGUUCUCCUGGGCAAUUGCAUCUGGCGCCAAAGAAUCCACCAGGGUGAAUAAUGUUUUCACCAUGCUCAAUCUGGGCGUUGUGCUGUUUGUCAUCAUCGCAGGACUUUUCAAGGUUUCCAGCAAAAACUGGAGCAUACCAAAGUCGGAAGUGCCUGAGGGUUACGGCAAUGGCGGCUUUAUGCCUUACGGAGUCUCUGGCAUCAUCAAGGGAGCCGCUGUUUGUUUUUAUGGCUUUAUUGGCUUUGAUUGCAUUGCCACUGCCGGCGAGGAGGCUAAGAAUCCUAAGAAAUCAAUUCCAUUUGCUGUGAUCGUAUCGCUGGCGAUGAUCUUUCUGGCCUACUUUGGUGUAUCCACCGUGUUGACCAUGAUGCUGCCAUACUACGCCCAGGACGAGAGUGCUCCACUUCCACACGUCUUUCGCAUUUACGGCUGGCAUGUGGCCGAGUAUGUGGUGACCAUUGGUGCCAUGUUUGGACUGUGCGCCAGUCUGAUGGGUGCCAUGUUUCCCUUGCCUCGCAUUGUGUUUGCCAUGUCCAAUGAUGGACUGUUGUUUAAGUGUCUGGGCGAGAUUAGCACCAAGUACAAGACACCCUUUAAGGGCACCAUACUGACGGGUCUGUUGUGUGGCAUUCUGGCUGCCAUCUUUAAUCUUAGCCAGCUGGUCAACAUGAUGUCUAUUGGCACACUGUUGGCCUACUCCAUGGUGGCCAGUUGUGUGCUGAUGCUGCGUUACGAGGUGGACGACCGUCGGGAUAGUCGUAUUAUCGGCAACGGACGCGUCAACCCGGGCCAGGAACAAUCCUGCUCCCUGUGGCGUCGUCUAUUCAAUCUCAAUGGCCAAACGAUAUCCACCAGACAGACAUCGCGCGUUGUCACUGUCAUGGUUACUCUGUUCUCAAUCUGGAGUCUGAUCUUCUCACAGAUUCUUACCAAAUUCGAGGAGGAUCUGGCUCAUACUACUCAGUUCGAUGUGCUGCUGCUAAUUCUCGGUGGCAUCCCUCUGAUACUCAUGCUGUUUAUCAUCUCUCGCCAACCCACCUCGGGCGUUCAGUUGUCCUUCAAGGUGCCGCUGGUGCCUUGGCUGCCCGGCAUUUCCAUACUAAUUAACAUCUAUUUGAUGAUCAAACUGGACAUUAUGACUUGGAUACGUUUCAGCAUAUGGAUCACUAUUGGCCUGGCCAUCUUUCUGUCAUAUGGCAUUCGCCACAGUCGCUUGCGACAGAGGGAACAACGCAACAAUUCCAUUACCCUGCUGCGGGAUUCCAGCGAUACAACGCUCCUUAGUCAGGAUCGUUCCAAAUAUGGCAACGAGGUGCCUCUGAUAUUGAUGCAUAGCUCAUCUUAGGUAUUUUUUACAUGCUCAUAUUUUGCUUUUUACUGCAAAAACAUAUGAAAAGAAAAGAUAUUUUUGUUAAGUGUAGAAUUAAGUUUCACUUUUUAUCACCCAGCAUUAGCCCAAACACACAACACUCAUAUUUAUUAUGUAUGUAAAUAUACGUAAAUUUCUGUCCUGCUCGAAACACUAUCAUAUAUAUUUAAUAAUUAUAAAUAGAAACCAAAAAUUGUUUACAAAGUACAAUAAGAAAAGCUUAAAGCAAUAAACAAGUAUGAAACAGCAUAA